CAAAGCAUUUCUUCAAGCAAAUGCAGGGACAUGUCCCUAUCCCCUUUUUUGGUUGUGCAUUUGCAGUGGAGAGUGUGUGGUCGAGGCACUGUGUUUUGGGGCCAAAAUACUAUAAAAGUAAAGAGUCUAGUGUACCUGAGCACUUGGAAGACCAUGUGACUCCUCGUAAGAGAUUGAGGAUCAUGGAUACUAGAAAAUCCAACUGCCCAGCAACUUUAAAUAUGAAGUGUAUAAGGGUGUAUCCUGAUUACAGUAUGCACUCAGCAAAUGAACACAGGGAUACCAAGGCAAAAGUUCUUGCAAGUCUACAGAAAGAUUUGGCAUUGCCAUGCCCGCCUAAGAGCUAUCUACAUUAUUAUUUGACUGCUUCCCCAGCAAGUGCACACACACAUGCUACUGAAAGUGUUGAAGCAAGUGGGUACAUACAUCCUUCACAUGUAAAGGAAAUCAAAAACUUAGUACUCAGUGGCAUGACAUCUCUCAGAGUCAUUAAGUUGGCUCUAGACAGAUUUGUUGAAAUCAAUUUCACUGGGACACACAUACCAGGUCAAAUGAAUACUACCUUUUACCCCACAGAGAAAACUAUUUAGUCACAUUUAUCGGACCCUUUAUGGUACAAAUAAAGUAUUAUUUGACGAGACUAGACUGCAGAAUCAGGUUGAUGAGUGGCACAAAGACUCGAGCAAUCACAUGAUUUAUUAUAGACAUUGUACGGGAGCGAAUGGAGAAGUGAAACCAUUACUUUUUUGCUAUCAGAGCAGUUGGCAGAGAGAUCUUUUGAAGAAGUAUGGGGGUAGUUGUUUGUUAGAUGCAACAUACAAAACAUCAUCAUAUGAUAUUCCUUUAUUUUUUAUAGCUGUGAAGAGUA